GCGGACGCGACGUAAAAACGCAGGACUGCUAAUACCACUCUUGCGAUAUCUUAAGCUCCCUCUCUCUCUCUCCUCGUCAGCGCCGGCCGGCCAGAUUAUACUCGGCCGUUUACAGCACCAGCAGCAGCCAGCAGCAAUGGAGACCGUCGCGGCAGCCGGUUACGCCCGCGGGGCCGCCACGCGCUCCCCAGCGUGCUGCGCCGCCAUGUCCUUCUCGCAGUCCUACAGGCCCAAGGCUGCCAGGCCGGCGACCUCGUUCUACGGCGAGUCGCUGCGCGCGAACACGGCGAGGACGUCGCUCCCGGGGAGGCAGUCCAAGGCGGCGAGCCGCGCGGCGCUCACCACCCGGUGCGCGAUCGGGGACAGCCUGGAGGAGUUUCUGACCAAGGCGACGCCGGACAAGAACCUCAUCAGGCUGCUCAUCUGCAUGGGGGAGGCGAUGAGGACGAUCGCCUUCAAGGUCAGGACCGCGUCCUGCGGCGGCACGGCGUGCGUCAACUCCUUCGGCGACGAGCAGCUCGCCGUCGACAUGCUCGCCGACAAGCUCCUCUUCGAGGCGUUGGAGUACUCCCAUGUCUGCAAGUAUGCGUGCUCCGAGGAAGUGCCUGAGCUCCAGGACAUGGGUGGCCCAGUCGAAGGCGGAUUCAGUGUCGCGUUCGAUCCCCUCGACGGUUCCAGCAUCGUGGACACCAACUUCACCGUGGGAACCAUCUUCGGUGUCUGGCCGGGCGACAAGCUGACGGGCGUCACCGGUGGCGACCAAGUUGCUGCUGCCAUGGGAAUCUACGGCCCUCGCACCACUUUCGUUGUUGCCCUCAAGGACUGUCCUGGAACACAUGAAUUCCUCCUCCUUGACGAAGGCAAAUGGCAGCAUGUUAAGGACACCACGACCAUCAGUGAAGGGAAAAUGUUCUCCCCUGGUAACUUGAGGGCCACAUUCGAUAACCCUGACUACGACAAGCUUGUCAACUACUAUGUCAAGGAGAAGUACACGCUGCGUUACACUGGAGGAAUGGUUCCUGAUGUCAACCAGAUCAUCGUGAAGGAGAAGGGCAUCUUCACGAACGUGACGUCCCCGACGGCGAAGGCAAAGCUGCGGCUGCUGUUCGAGGUGGCGCCGCUUGGGUUCCUGAUCGAGAAGGCCGGCGGGCACAGCAGCGACGGCAAGCAGUCGGUGCUGGACAAGGUGAUCACCCAGCUCGACGAGCGGACCCAGGUGGCCUACGGGUCCAAGAACGAGAUCAUCCGGUUCGAGGAGACGCUGUACGGCUCCUCCAGACUCGCCAGCGCCGCCGUCGGCGCCACCGUCUAAUUCAGCAUUGUUUUUUCCCUUACGUUUUUGUCUGGGGCCGGCCGUGAGACACGAAACCUGACCUCAAACUGCUACCCGGUAUAGAGUCCAAGCAUGUUGUGACGCGAACUGGCAAUGCAGUGGACAGACGAGCUUGUAGAA